UUGUAAGCUGACUGCAAUCAGCAGUGGUUCGCAUUUUGGUUCGGGAAUUCGCAAUUCCGCAAUUCGGCUUCUCGACUUCUCAUUCGCGCUCGUGGAAAACGCUCUCGGGACAUAACGGAAUCUACGGGCCGGCGCGGCUGACCGAGCGUUUAUUAUAAACUUGGCGUGAGUUUGUAUAGUGGUGUGCAUGUGUGCCGUUGGAGCAUGCAAUUGCAAUUCACCGUUAGCUGAGCGGACAAGUGAGACAGCAGGAGUUGCCAAUUAAAAAAAAGUGUGCCCGCGAAAUAGAGACAAAAGUGCAAAAUAAAAUAUAUAAAACUCACUCAAUCGCUUUGAGCGCGCUAAGAUGGCGCCAAAAAAGUCCACCAUCGUGCUCAAUGUGGAGCAGUUUAUUCACGACAUCGAGGAGCGCCCGGCCAUCUGGAACCGCAACUUCCACUGCAACAAGGCCUUCCUCGAGCAGAUGUGGGACGAGCUGAGCGGAGCGCACAAGCUGCCAAGCGAGGUUUACGUAUUGGACGAUGGCGCCGAGGUGGAUCUGGAUCUGGGCAACUAUGAACGGUUUUUGGAUGUUACCCUGCAUCGGGACAACAACAUAACCACCGGAAAAAUUUACAAGUUGGUUAUUGAGAAGGAGCGCACUGGCGAGUACUUGGGCAAAACUGUUCAAGUUGUCCCUCACAUCACUGAUGCCAUUCAGGAAUGGGUGGAGCGCGUGGCACAGACACCCGUUCAGGGAUCUUCAAAGCCACAGGUGUGCAUUGUGGAAUUGGGAGGAACGAUUGGUGACAUCGAGGGCAUGCCUUUCGUCGAGGCCUUCCGUCAGUUUCAGUUCCGCGUAAAGAGAGAGAACUUCUGUUUGGCCCAUGUGUCGCUGGUUCCGUUGCCCAAGGCUACCGGAGAACCCAAGACCAAGCCGACUCAAAGUUCGGUCAGAGAACUGAGAGGCUGCGGCCUGAGUCCCGAUUUGAUUGUCUGUCGAUCGGAGAAACCCAUUGGACUGGAGGUCAAGGAGAAGAUCAGCAACUUCUGUCAUGUGGGCCCGGAUCAAGUGAUAUGCAUCCACGAUUUGAACUCUAUUUAUCAUGUUCCGCUGCUGAUGGAGCAGAAUGGAGUUAUUGAAUACCUAAAUGAGCGCCUACAGCUCAAUAUCGACAUGAGCAAGAGAACCAAAUGCUUGCAACAAUGGCGUGAUUUGGCGCGUCGCACAGAGACCGUUCGCCGUGAAGUUUGCAUCGCCGUUGUGGGAAAGUACACCAAGUUCACGGAUUCGUACGCCUCCGUGGUUAAAGCCCUGCAACAUGCCGCCCUGGCUGUGAAUCGCAAACUGGAACUGGUCUUUAUCGAGUCGUGUCUGCUUGAGGAGGAAACUUUGCAGUCGGAGCCGAGCAAGUACCACAAGGAGUGGCAGAAGCUAUGCGAAAGCGAUGGCAUCCUGGUGCCCGGUGGAUUCGGUUCCCGUGGAAUGGAGGGCAAGAUUCGUGCGUGCCAAUGGGCGCGAGAGAAUCGAAAGCCAUGGCUUGGCAUCUGCUUGGGUCUGCAAGCGGCGGUCAUUGAAUUCGCACGAAGUAAACUUGGUCUCAAGGAUGCAAACACCACAGAAAUCGAUCCGAACACAACUAAUGCCUUGGUCAUCGACAUGCCUGAGCAUCACACGGGUCAAUUGGGCGGCACUAUGCGCUUGGGCAAGCGAACAACUGUUUUCGCUGACGGUCCUAGUGUCAUUCGUCAAUUGUAUGGCAAUCCGAAAAGCGUGCAGGAGCGUCAUCGGCAUCGUUACGAGGUUAAUCCCAAAUACGUGCCCCGGCUGGAAGAGCAAGGCAUGCGAUUUGUGGGCACCGACGAGGACAAAACUAGGAUGGAAAUCAUUGAGCUCAGCGGUCAUCCCUACUUUGUUGCCACCCAAUAUCAUCCAGAGUACUUGUCGCGGCCCCUGAAGCCGUCGCCUCCUUUCCUCGGCCUGAUCCUGGCCUCAGUGGAUCGAUUGAACCAAUAUAUUCAACGCGGUUGCCGCCUGUCGCCCCGCCAGCUAUCCGACGCAUCCUCGGAUGAGGAGGACAGUGUUGUGGGUUUGGCCGGAGCAACAAAAUCGCUGAGAUCCCUGAAACUUCCCAUCACACCCACAAAUGGAAUAUCAACUGGUAGCAGCACUUCCGACGAAGGCGUUUAUCUUACCAAUGGUACCAUCAGCACUUCCGACGGCGAAGGUGCCUGCGGAGGAAUAGAACUUAUCAAUGGCUAUAACUAAACUGGUAAACGGUAUCUUACAUCCUAAAGAGUUUAAGAUCCGCUUAUUAGACGUUCUUUUGUUAUCGAAAACCCCAAAAGUUUGGGAUAACUUAAGUUUACAUGGGUGGGUAUAAUGGGGUAUUGUCGAUUUGAAAAUGUUGACGUUUUAUGGAAGAGGCGUUAAGAACACCCUUAUAAUUUGUCCUAUUUAGCUUAAGUAAAGUACGAUUUUUACUUUCAGUUUUCGUACAUUUUUAAUUUAUAUGGAAAUCUUAAUUUUUUCAUACGAUUAAAAAGAUUUUAAAAGUUGUAUAAAUUUUACUUAUCUCUAUAGGUUACUUGAUAUUCCUACGAUCAGUCAAUUAUUUUUAAUCCUACCUUAAAAUCGACACCUUGUUUAAUCAAAAAUUUCAAUAGUUUUUAAUCUCCUCAAAUUACGAAUAAACUAUCGUA